AUGACAUAUAGGUUACAUGUAGAAAAGCAAUCAAUAUUUUUAGAAAUAGAUCCUAAAAAGAGAACAGUAAAAGGUCAGACCAAGUUUUUACUCACAAUCGUUGAAGGAUUCGAAAAUAAAGAAAAUCAAAAUAAUAAUAAAAAUUUUUAAGGAGAGAAUUAAAAGAAUGUCAAAAAAGAUGGAUUAGAUGGGUUAAAUGAGAUAGCAAAAUAGCAAUCAAUGAUGGGAGAUCCUAGAGUUUAGAAUUUAUAAAGAAAUAUGAGUGUUUUAUCUGAUAUAGAUGAUAGAAUGAUAGAAGAAAAGAUGAAUAUAGAAGGAUUAGAUAAAGAUGUAAUAGGUAAAAAGGAAGAAAAUGUAAUUCCAGAAAGCAUGAAUAUGCAUUUAUAUGCUUAACAAAUGAAUCUGACAAAUAUUGUUUACUAAAAAAUACAAGGUGAUGAUAUAUUAAAUUUAAGGGAGUAUUAUUAUAUGUCACCUGAAAAGCAAGCAUUAAUUUUAUCUUCAAUUCUUCCAACACCUGUUUCAAUAGAUUAGUACAUCGUAACACAUCGCAAAUGCUUUGAAAAUAAAGAAAUAUCUGGAAUAUAGUUAUUUUUUGAUGUCGAUAAGGAAUUAAUGCAAAGUGCAAUUGAUAAUUAGGAUGAAAAUCCAAAUGAUGAUUAAAAUUAAAUUUAGGUUGAGGCAUUGAAUUAUUAAGGUUUGUUAACUGUUGAUUAUGAAAUGGAGAAUCCUGUAGCAGGAAUUCGCUUUUUAGAAAAUGAAAGAUAUGUUAAUACACAAGAAAGCGAGUUUAGCGAUAUUCAAACUGUUAAAAUUAAUGAAAUAUUUGUUCUAACUGAGUAUUUUGUUAGAAGUGCUCAAUAUUGGGUACCUAGCUUAGACAGGGAAGUCUUCAUAACAGAUCUUAAUGUAGUUGUUCAAAGUGAUAAAACUAUAUUUUAAUAAUAAGAAUACGAUUAUUUGGCUCUUUGUUCAGGAGAUUUAAAGGAAUAAUUAAUUGACGAAAAUGGAAAAAUACUAUUUAAAUAUUCAAUUCAGAAGAAAAUUAAAACCGAUCAUAUUGGUAUAUGCAUUGGCAAAUUUAAGACAGAACUCUCUAAUUUUAAAACUUAAAAAAAUAAUUAAGUCUUGAUAGCUUCAAGCAUCGGUGUUGAUAAAAAGAGACUAGAUGUUACUCUAAUUCUUAUCGAAUCAAUAUUGAAAUCUAUUGCUCAAUAGCAGCUUUAAGAUCUUUCAGAAUACCUUAAUAUUUACAAAAUUAUUUUCCUUCCAAAUAUAUUCACGUAAAGUCAUAUGACUGUUACAGUUUUCGAGGAAAACGAUUCAAACUAAACUCCCUUUCAAAGCAAUAAAUUAAUUGCUAACUCAAUGUAUAACUAUUAAGAAAACAUAACUAAGCAAUUUGACUAUACACUAGAUUAACUUCCCUAGGGUUUUUACAAGCUUGGAUGUAUAGAUGAAUUUUUCUUAGCACCUUUGCUUGCUUAAACUUAAAUAGAAUAAAAUUUUAGAUUGCUUUAAUAUUUUAAAUUGAUUAACUUUUCAAUAUGCUAAUAAAAAGUAUCAGUAGGUACCAGGUACCAUGUUGAUUAUUGGAUUCUAAUAGGCGUAAAUGGAUAUAUGACUGAUUUGUAUUACAAAACUCUCCUAAGUGAUAAAGAAAAUGCAUUUGAAUUCAGAUUACUGAUGGCUAAAUAAUUUGAGAAAUUAAAUUAUUUGGUGGAGCAAGGAGAAGAAGUAGCUCCCUUAUCAUGUGCUGAUGAGCUUACUUUUGGUUUUGAAAAAUUUGUAGACGAAGUGUAUAUACUAAAAGCCAGAUUAAUAUUCCAUAUUUUAGCUAUAAAGUGUAAUAGCAAAGGAAGUGAAUUUGUAAAUUCAAUUCUCGAUAGUGCAGAAAAAGACUAAAAAAUAACUACAGACUAUAUAUUUAAAUUUAUUCAUAAAAACUACUCAAUAAAAGAUAAAAAUUUCAGAAAGUAAUUUAUAGAAUGCACAGGUAUCCCUCACUUUGCUUUUGAAUAUGAAGAUUCUCGUAAAGAAAACAAAAUUUCUGUGCAAGUAACUUAAACUGCUUUAUAAGAAGAGUAUUUUAGAUACCAUAACUAUUAUAGAAAUGAGCUCGAAAAGAAAAAUUGCAUCCAUUCACACUAAAUGAGAAUGCUAGAAAAUGAAACAAUAGGUGAGUAAGGAGAUUCUUCUGAUGAAGAAGGAGAGGAAUCAAAAAGCCAAGCCCACAAAGAUGAAAAACCUAAAAUAAUUACCAAAGAUAAUCUUGGUAAUGGAAGAUUGAUAGUACCAUUAAUAUUAAAGUCAUCUAGAUUUUUCUAAGGAAAGCUUGAAUUAAUCGUAUCAGAAGUUAGGGAUAAAGAUCAGCAAAAUGUUUCCAUUUAAAAAGAUGAUGAAAUUAAGAUGAUCACUCUUGAUAAAAACCACAAAUUCAAAAGAGAUGUCGCCUACAGAUCAGAAACUCGUAAAAAUAACGGUAAAAAGAAAGAGGAUGACGAAGACGACAGCAAAAAAAAGCAAUAAGGAUCAAAGAAGAAAUAAGAUGAAUUAGAGAAAGUAUGGAUAAAAAUAGACCCUUCUAAUAAGUACUUACUUUCUUUGGAUUUUCCUCAAUAGAAUCUCCAUUCACUCUUGACUUAACUGAUGAAGGAUAAAAAACAUAGAUACAAAUAUAUUUCGGUUACUCUCUAUCUGCUAAGAUAGCUUAGAAAUAAAAAUUAUGACUAGGAUUCAUAUGAUAUAGUUAAGAACUUAAAACUUAUAAUCUAAAAAGAUGAUUUAGAAACUGACCUUUAAGUAGAGAUCUUGGAUGUAAUUAUUAGAAAUUCAUCUAAGGUCAAAAAGGCUAGGUAAGAAUGUUUUAAUUUGUUAGAAGAGCUUAUUAAAAAGAAUGUAAUUGGUUAGGAUAAAUCACUUCUGCCUAAUAAUUUUUAAAGCUACAAGAAAUAUAUGAUAUUGAUGACGAUUAUCAGAGGUCUUCCUUACUGUUAUGACGAAAAUAUAUCAGUUGAUGCUGACAAAUAAUAUCCUCCUGAAAAUACUAUUCGAUACCUCCUUAAGCUCAUAAAAGAAAAUGAUAAUUCUAUUAAUAGGUUUGAUGACUCUAUAUACAGAGCCAAUUUAAUUGGUUCGCUUUUGCUGACUAAUCAUCCUUACUUUAAAAAGACUAUUCUUAAGGAAGUUAUAAGGUGCUUAGAGUUAGAAUAUAUUGAAUGCUCUUUGAACGAUGUUGUAUUUAAAGCUAUUAUUAUGAAUUAUUAUUUCUUUUUGAUGAAGAAUGAAUUAAUUUGCAAAAAUAAAUUUGGAGAAGGAGAAGAAGAUGAAAUAGAAGAUAUUAAAAUUGAAUUAAAUGAUAAAAUGAUAGAAGAGAAUAAUGGUGAAGUAAAGUAAGUAAAUGGAAAUAGUCAACCAUAUAAAAAUGGGAAUUCAAACGAAAAUGGAAUAAAUGGUUACUCUAAGGUCAAAGAGUCUAAAGGAGUAGUUAUUCAAACAGAAAAUCAAGACCUUUAAGUCUUUAUUGAUUAAAUUAAUCAAUAGAUAUAGGAUUUCAAGGUAUAGAAAAAUCAAGUUAAUAUGAAAGGGAUAUAUCUUUAUGAUAAAUUUCUAAGAAAGGAAGACUCAAAUUCUUAUCUCCCCCACCAAAUGUUUAUGUACUUAAUUAAAAAAAUAGAAAAAGCUAGGUUGAAUUUUGUCAAAUGCCAAGACUACAUCAAUUAUCUUGCCAUUCUAAAACAGUAUGUGCAUGUAAAUAUUAAUAGCUUUGUUGAAGACAUGCAAUUUAAGUUAGACUAUCAUUAAAAUAUGCUCUUUGCAUAAGUAAUCUGGGAAUAGCUUGUAUCAUCAGCUUCUCUUGUUAAUCCAUAUGUUAGACUUUAUUGGGUUAAAAUGUACAGGGAUAUCUACUUCCACUGGGCUCCUUUUUGCACGAUUUUGAGAAAAUAAUAUGUGCAAGAAGAAGAGGACAUUGGAUUUUGUGUUGAUAAAAAUUGGAUUAAUUGGUCUAAGAGCGAUGGAGAUAAGAAGGACCAGUCAGACGAACAAAAGUACAGAUAAAUCUUCAAGUAGAAAAAAAGAAAAAGAAUCAAUUCUGAAAUUAACAUUAAAGAUUAAAUUUUAAGUUUUUGUAAAAAAGAUAAAGGAAACAUUAAUGUUAUUAGAAUAUCUAAGUUUAUUCUUGACUUUUUAAUAAAAUAAACUGAUCAUCAAAACAAAAUGAAUCAAGAAUUAUAAUAAAAUUAGUCCAACGGAGUGAUGGAUGCUAACUCCAAUAACAUUACAAUCAAUGUAAAACUAUAAACAUUUAAGUAAGUCAAGAGAAGCUUGAAAAAAGAUAAAUAUAAAACAUUCGAAGAGGUUAAAAGACAAACACUUUAAGUUCCAGACGAGUACAUGAACCAACAAAAAAUAAAUUCAAAAUAAUGCACUUUGCUAAAGGAAUUAAUCAAUCAUUGUUUUGACACUGCUUAAGAAAUAUACAAUGGCCAUUUAAAAAAAUAAAAAAAUAUUGUCAUCGAUAACAGCAACUAGAUGAUCCAAUAAUAAUAUAAAAGCCAGAUAAAAUCACUAGCACCACCUCAAGGAUAACCUUAACGUCGUGUAAGUAUUUAGGAAGAAAAAAAUAGAAUACAUUUUAAUUGA